CUUCACAGAGCAGGAAAGCUUAGAUAUGCCAACAAUAGCAAUUACAAAAAUGAUGUCAUGAUCAGAAAAGAGGCUUAUGUACACAAGAGUGUAAUGGAAGAACUGAAGAGAAUUAUUGAUGACAGCGAAAUUACAAAAGAAGAUGAUGCUUUGUGGCCUCCCCCUGACAGGGUUGGCCGACAGGAGCUUGAAAUUGUAAUUGGAGAUGAGCACAUUUCUUUUACUACAUCAAAAAUAGGUUCUCUUAUUGAUGUAAAUCAGUCAAAGGAUCCUGAAGGCCUUCGAGUAUUUUACUAUUUGGUACAGGACCUGAAAUGUUUAGUUUUUAGUCUUAUCGGAUUACAUUUCAAGAUUAAACCUAUCUGAAUUAUGCUUUUUGUAGCUAUUUUUAUAUUUAAUUAAGGGAUGAGUAAGGGAGGGUUUAUUUGUCAUUUAUAAUAUUGGGAUUUCUAUGAAUGUGAAGCAAACAGAUUUUUUUUUUUAAUGCAAACUGAAAAUAAGAAAAUACAUAAGCAGGCUUAAUGCUUAUUUUUACUUGUGUCCAAGAGGGUUGGACAGUCCCCACACGCAUUGAAUUCUGUAAAUAAAAGCCACCUGUUGUUGAAAUUUUGCUUCAAUAAAACUUACCAAACCUGGA